AUGUCUUCCCCAUUUCCCCUCCUCCGUCUUCCUCGAUUAGUCCUGUGUGAGGUAUUCAAAUCAUUGAGUAUCGGAGAGAAAAUCAAGCUCUCCCUCUGCUCCAAGAAACUCUCCAUUCAAAUCAAUGAUGCUCGUUUGUACUCUCAAAAAGUUAUAGUCGAUCUGGACAUGUGUUACAAAAAAAUCAGAGUUCACUUAGAAAAUAACGAGGAUACAUUUGACGUUUUCAUUUCUGCAGAAACCAAGAAAACUCUCAGAUCAAAUACUCAACAAUUUUCUAUGGCAUGUUGUUCCACAGGAAUCGAAACAUUCUGGGCGAAUCAUCAAGAAGCAUUUCUAUCAAUUAUUCGGCAUCUAUUGAAGAUGUUUCAUUGCAAGAUUUCAACUAGUGAAGGUUGUUUUAAUAGUGAUUUAUAUCAGCCAACUAUUUCUAAGUUGUUUGAUCUGCUAGUGGAAUUCGAAACGCUUUAUAUUCACUUUAAAGGAUCAAAAGAUGAAAACUUGUUGUGGAACCAGAUCUCCAGGAACUUGGGACUUGUUGAGUGUCUCAUCAUCUUGUCUAGUUUUGAUACUAAUUUUAAACUAGUUUUCACUUCAUGGCCACAAAACAUCACGAUCUGGGAUUGCUAUUGGUUCACUCUGGAAUCUCUUAUGGCGUGCACUUCUUCUACAAUUACACUUUACUAUUCUCAUCUGGCAAACAAGGACAUGGAUAAGAUACUCAGAGAAUGGAGAGCUGGAGAGUUACCGAAUCUAAAACGUCUGAUCAUUGCCAGCUGGAGAUUCGAAGAGAAUGGAGAACAUAUUUUGGGAAUGAAUCUAUUGGAGAUAGAUGGGAUGGUUAUCCAAACUGAUGAUGGGUCAAAGACGGCAACUAUCAAACUUGGCCAACAUUGGAUUGAAAUGUCCGUGACUCCAUUUCAAUAA